GGUGACCAUCGGAUCCGGCGACAUCUGCACUGUCGAUUCUAGGGCUGGAGAACUGCUCUGUCUUAGGGCUAGGGUACGGGAUUGCUUUUGUUCGGGACACGGUGCUCUGAAAUCUUCCUUUCGGUGGUUUCACAAAACCCUUCCGGUGUGACUAAAAUUUUCCCUUUCAGCUGAUUGCUGCCAAAUCGCUCGCAGCGAUGGCGUUCGUCAAGGCACACAAGAGCAAAGCGUACUUCAAGAGGUUUCAAGUCAAGUACAAACGCCGACGUGCUGGUAAGACCGACUACCGUGCCCGAGUACGCCUCACUACUCAGGACAAGAACAAGUACAACACCCCUAAGUACAGAUUCGUUGUCCGAUUUACCAACAAGGACAUCGUUGCUCAGAUCACCUAUGCCACCCUCGCCGGUGACAUUGUAUUGGCCUCCGCAUACGCUCAUGAGCUCCCGCGUUAUGGAGUGAGGGGUGGAUUCACCAACUACGCCGCUGCUUACUGCACCGGUCUUCUCCUAGCCCGUAGAAUUUUGAAGAAAUUCGAGCUCGAUGAGGAGUACGUUGGAAACACCGAGGCCACCGGUGAGGACUUCAACAUUGAAGCAGGUGAUGCGAAGAAGCCAUUCAGGGCCUUGUUGGACGUUGGACUCGUCCGAACUACCACUGGAAACAGAGUGUUCGGAGCUUUGAAGGGCGCUUUGGAUGGUGGAUUAGAUAUCCCCCACAGCGAGAAGAGAUUCCCGGGGUUCAACAAGGAGGACAAGAGCCUCAAUGCUGAGAUCCACAGGAAGUACAUUCUCGGAGGACACGUCGCCGACUACAUGAAGAUGUUGAGGGACGACGAGCCCGAGAAGUACCAAUCUCACUUCUCCUACUUCAUCAAGGAGGGACUUGAGCCUGAGGCCCUCGAAAAGAUGUACAGCGCAGCCCACGAGGCCAUCCGCGCUGACCCUUCACUCAAGCACACAGAGAAGAAGGCCCCCGCUGAGAAGAGAACAUGGAAGAUGAAGAAGUUGAGUUACGAUGAGCGCAAGGCUAACUUGGUAGCUAGGUUGAAGGCUGUCAACGAGGAGGGAGACGACGAGUAGAACGUAACCUCACCCGGCUAGCGUAUCUAAAAUCUCUCCAAGAAGGAGAACUUUUGUGUCCUGCUUUUAAAGCAUUUAAAGCAUUCAAAUUGACCCCAGUACUGCACUUCAGAAUAUUUUUGCCCAUUGACUAAUGGACUGUUCGCAUGCCCUGGGGCCUGGGCUGUCGAAGAUUCUGCAGUAGUAUAUGCCUAGAUGUAGCGUGGUUUAUGUUUGGGACUGAGGGGGUUAUUCCGAGCUGUUCGAGAACCAACUGUAUGCCCAUAUCUCUCUAGUUCAAGAGUUGAAGAGUUUCAC